AAAAUCCGGUCUUUUUAUUUCGUUGCGUGUCGGGGCUUGGUUGCUCGCAGGGAAACUGUGAAAAAUGACUGAAACUUUGAAGCUCAGGGGUACCCUUUGUGGCCACAAUGGCUGGGUUACCCAAAUUGCUACAAACCCGAAAUACCCUGACAUGAUUUUGUCUUCUUCCCGAGACAAGACCCUUAUCGUGUGGAAGUUGACCAGAGACGAGACCAACUACGGUGUGCCUCAGAAGCGUCUGUACGGCCAUUCUCACUUCAUCUCGGACGUCGUGUUGUCUAGCGAUGGAAACUACGCUCUGUCCGGCUCGUGGGACAAGACCCUGCGUCUGUGGGAUCUUGCUGCUGGCAAGACCACCAGGCGGUUCGAAGACCAUACAAAGGAUGUCCUCUCGGUGGCUUUCUCUGUUGACAACCGUCAAAUUGUCUCUGGCUCCCGCGACAAGACUAUCAAGCUGUGGAACACCCUUGCUGAGUGCAAGUACACAAUCCAAGAUGAUGGCCACAGUGACUGGGUGUCCUGCGUCCGCUUCUCACCCAACCAUGCCAACCCCAUCAUUGUAUCUGCUGGAUGGGACCGCACUGUCAAGGUUUGGCACUUGACUAACUGCAAGCUGAAGAUCAACCACCUUGGUCACUCUGGAUACCUCAAUACUGUGACUGUCUCCCCUGAUGGUUCUCUAUGUGCUUCUGGAGGCAAGGACAUGAAGGCUAUGCUGUGGGAUCUGAAUGACGGCAAGCACCUGCACACCCUGGACCACAAUGACAUCAUCACAGCGCUCUGCUUCUCUCCCAACAGAUAUUGGCUCUGUGCUGCAUUUGGACCUUCCAUCAAGAUCUGGGAUCUUGAAAGCAAGGAGAUGGUUGAAGAGCUCAGACCAGAAAUCAUCAAUCAGCAACAGAAUUCGAAGUCUGAUCCUCCUCAGUGCCUGUCCCUUGCCUGGUCUACUGAUGGUCAAACCCUCUUCGCUGGAUACUCUGACAACAUCAUCAGAGUCUGGCAGGUGUCAGUCUCUGCACGAUAAGAAGUGCAGGAGUGGUGGUUUCAUUUAUUUUUGUGCUGAAUACAUGAUACAAGUGAGGAUAAAAAUAAAUGGAAUUGUUAUAAGAUAA